AUGAUAGGAGUAAAUCAUGAUUUUCUAUCUGGGAAUUUUUUGAGAUACCCUUUAGAAGAGAACAAUACAACAAGCUACAAAAAUCUUCGAUUAAAUAAAAAAAAGGAAAACUCGAAGACGCUCAAUUAUUGUGAAGAUUAUUUGAUCGAAUUAAAUCAGCUAAAAGAAUAUAAAAGAUUAGCAUCCCAAAAAAUAAAAAAAUAUGAAGAUUGUGUAUAUUCAUAUAAAAAUCAAAUAAGGAAUUUAAAGAGCAACACUGGACAAACAAAGAAUGUGAAUAUACAACUAAUAGAUGUUUUUAUUAAUGCUAUUUGUGAUAUAAUAGAACAUAUAUGCUUGAACAUCCAUAAACCAGUCUUACAUGCCCUUCCGUUAAUCCACACGAUAUUGACCUCUAUUUCAAUUAGGGAUAAGAAAAUAUAUCAAUCUACAAAACUAAUUCACAUAAUAUUAACCAAAUUAAAUAGUGAGGAUAUAGUUAAAGAUAAUGGAACUGGUAUUAAGGAGGAAAAAAGCGAACAAAUGGGAUUAACCUCUCAUAAAUUACAAGAUUUAGAAUGGUUAAGUUCUGAAACAAAUGAUAAAGGGUGGUUAGCUAUUGUUGAUAGAUGGGAAUUAUGUCAAAGAGACUUAAAAUGGUUGUGUGUAAAAACAAAUAAUAGAUCAUGGUUAUUAUAUCGUCAUUUAUGGGAAAAAAGUUCUAAUGACUUAAAAUAUAUAGCAGUAUUAUUUGAUGAUAAAAAAUGGCUACAUUUAUGUAAUAUAUGGAAUUCAGUUCCUUUAAGUAUAAAAUUAAGAGCCAUUUCAUUAAAGGAUCCAAAUAUUUGCCAGCCUACAUUGAGAGAAAUUAUAUUAAAUGAUGAUGAUGUCUAUAAAAAUAAUACUAUAUCUGCGCUAUCCGAAAUAUUAAAUAUUACAAAUUUAGAAAAUAAUUAUUUAAUAUCUCAAUCAAAUCAUAGGGAAAGUAACAAUAGUCUAAGAUAUACUGGUCAUACAUAUAAACAUUUUACGAGAAAAAAUAAUUUGGAAAUAUUUCCUGAAAGAGUUCAAAUAAUGAAAGGAGAUACAUUGGAAGGGUUGUUAGGAGGUAGCAUAAACUGGAAAGAAAAUGUUCACAGGAAUAGUGUAACCACAGAUGGAAAAAUGAACGAAAUGAAACCAAUAGAUGAAAGUAACGAUUCUAAAGACGAACAACCUGAUGGGAAAAAGACACAAAAUGAAGAUACGAAUCCUAUAGAAAAAAACAACCUUACAACUCCAUUAAAAGAUGCGCCAAAAUCUUUUGUAAAAUCGAAUAAUAUUGAAAAUAGUGACUAUAUAAGAAAAAAAAAUUAUGUUCCAUUAAAAUUUAUAGAGAAAUAUAAAAAUAAAAAUCCAAUGAAACAAAAAAUAUUUACAAAAAAAUCGAAAACAGAUAUUAUUUUGAAUAAUAAAAAUGAGUUAACCCGUGAAAAUAGUAUAGGAAAAAUUCCUAAAAUGAAUGAACCUAAAAGUGGUUUUAAUUCCAAAUUAAUUUUAAAAAAAAGUAGUGAAACAAAUAUUUAUAAGAAUGACAUAAUAGUAAAGGCUGAUGUAGAUAAAGACGCGAUGACGAUUGAAAGUUUAGAUAAACAAAAUGCAACCAUAAAUAAAACAAUUAAAGAAACAAUUCCAGAAAAGAUAACAGAAGCAAAUAAUAAUAUAAUUUCUGAGGUUGUAAAAAAUAAUAUAAUGAAAAAAAGUGUAAAACCAUUAGGGGGAAUGAUAUUAAAAAAAUUGAAUACAGGAUCAAAAAUGGCUAAUAUGAAUAAUGGUGUAUCUUUGAUAGAAAAAAAGAAUGUCGAUUUUUCAAAAUUCGAAAAAAUCGCCAAAAAGUCAAUCCCAUUAUCAGUAAAAAAUUUAACAAAAGUGAAAGGAAAAUUUUUUAAAAAAAAAAGUAUUUCAUUAAAAAAAGAAACCCCAGAGAAAAACAUGCGUUCAUCGGAGGUGAGCGGUUCAGAAAGUUCAGAUACAACUAACAACAAUAUAAAUACACAAGUAUCGAAUACUAGUUUAAGUGAAAAAAGUGUCGAGAAGAAAAGUGGAAAUGAGAUUAAAAUUGGCCACGAAAAAAAAAAAGAUAAUAUGAUGAUAUACAAAUUAUUAAAAUUAAAAGAAAAAAAUGGAAAGAAAAGUUCUAUCAUGCUAAAAAAAAAUAGCAACCAUCAAUCAAAUGAAACAAAUGGGACAAAUAAAGAAAAUAAAAAUUUGAAUGAAAGUUAUAUUCAAAAAAAAGCAGUAAAAGAUACGAACAAUUCAGGUAGCUCACAAAAAUCAGAAAAUUCAGAAAAGUCAUACAGCGUAAGCAGUAUAGAUAAUGAUAAAAAACAAGAUGACAGUUCAGAAGACGAAGUUAAAGUUGACGCUACGCGGAAAAAUGGAGAAACUGCUAAACAAGAUGCCCCCACUAAUGUAGCCAAUUAUAUUACAGAUUUAUUCAAUGCAUUCAAUUUUGUCAACACUAAAACGGUAAGCAAUGUAUCAAACAAAGUUCAUAAUGCUGAAGAGCCAAAUCUAGAAAAUAAUAAAAUAAUUAUUGAGGAAAAAAAUAAAGAAGAUAGUGGAAAGAGUAAAAGUUCAUGGACAAGUGAUGAUAGUUCUGAAGAAGAUAGUGUAUAUUCAAAGGAAAAUGAUAUAUAUAAUAAAAAGGAGCUCAUUAAAAAAAUAAAAUCUUUUGAAUCGAAAAAGAGUGAUAUAAGUGAAGUAAAACAUUCAGUGCAUUUUAACGAAGGUAUAAAAAGCAGGGGCUUUAUAGAAGCAAAAAAAAGUACCAGCAUUGAAUUUGCAAAUAAUCAUAAUGAUAUAAAUAAUGAAGAAAAAUCGAUAAAAGCAAAACGCAAUAUAUCCUUAAGAACCGCAAAAUAUAAUACAGAUUCUAUAAAAGAUAACUUUCUACGAAAAAUUAAAAGGUCUUUUGAUGUAGAGCAUAAACUACAUACAAAUUUGUCUGAGAGUAAAUUAGAAGAUAAUAAUAAUAAAGCAAAUUAUAUAAAUGAACUAGGAAAAAAUAAAAACUCUAAUAUACUAUUAACAAAUGAAAAAAGAAAUAUAAUGGUUAAAGGUUUAAACAUAAAACGUGAAAAACCAAAACUUCCAUUUUUAGGAAAAAGUAUAAAGAAUAUUGAAAAAAAAAGCUAA